UACUGCUGCUUUUACUGGACAUCUCAUCUCAUUGGUGCUUGGGAAACUUUCUCCACUCCUUGUUUCUCUCUUUCAAGGUCUACUUUUGGCCCUCCUCCUUCCACCAGGAUGUUGCAGGGUGGAGCAGUCAUGUGCUUCCCCCCUGAUGGAAACUAUGCCAUGUCACCUCAACACUUUGCUCGAGAACUGGAGAAGAGGCCAUGGCUGUCACCUUCCAAGAAUGUCGAACUUGCUGCCUUUAACCCACAGCGCUGCCUCACACCCAAUCUCAAUGCUGGCAGGAUUCACCUUCUCCGCAAAGGACUGACCCCAGAGGCCAGGCGGUCCCAGCUGGGCAUGUAUAAUAGCACUGGAUCCCUGAUCCGGAAAGUCACAGAGAUGGGUUACCUUGGCAACGGCAGCUGUCCCAGCUCAGGGAGAGUGACAGCUCCGUGUACCCCACUGAGAAGUAGGCCCCCACCCUCCCUCUGCUCACCAGGCAGCCGUGCGCCCUUGGUUGCCCCCGUCCCUGAUGGUCAAAGCUCAGUGGUGACCUUCCGCUUUAUUGAGAAAGCCAGCGUGAAAACUUUAAAUGGCCUCCCUCUGGUAGAGUCCACAAGGGAGAGUGGUCUCAGCAGGAGUCUGGAGGGUGGGGAGGCCCAGCACUUUGGCUCCAGCAGGCAAGGAAGCUGUUGCCCCACUGUUCAGAACCAGCAUUCUUCACAGCACAAGGUGGAAGUCUCUGUAGAAUCCCGUCCUGCAGAGGCAAGACAGAGCUUCAGAGAGAAGACAAAUGAGUACAGUUUGUCCAGCACUGGCUCUGCAAGUGAACAGACUCCACUGACCCUAAGCAGUAAAGGGCAGGAGCAUCUUGGCCAGAUACUGAAGCUGGAAACAUCUGCUUCAGACCCUCUCCUGGCGGGAAACCGCUUCCUGUCAGGCAUGCAGUCCUCACUAAGCCCGGGCAACGGAAACCCACACCCACUCAGUGCCAACUGCCUUUCCAGCUCCCUCAGCAAUGGGAUGAGCAACCCUUCUAACGACAUCUCGCUACUUCGGAGAGGCCCACAGAGUGGGGAACCACAAUACCAGGGAAACCUGUGGGCAUAUUCCCGAGAGAGUUCUGCCCAUGCCCAGCGCAUAGCCAAGGCCAAGUGGGAAUUCUUCUAUGGCUCACUGGACCCUUCUGGGACAGGGAUAUCUCCUCAGAACGUACCUGAUCCACCACCUCAGAUCCACAAGAAAUCCAGCCAGCCAGUGCAACCAAAAUCAGAUUGGAAGGGGCCAAAGCACAACUUCUGUCAUGUAGAGGUAGAAAUUGAGAUGGCACCACCAGACUGUACAAAGCCUGGGAACUGUGAAACUGGAAUUAUCCGCAGAACAGUGAAAUAUUCGGAAACUGACCUCGACUCUGUCCCCUUGAGGUGCUACCAUGAGACCAACAUUGAUGACAUUUUGGCUGAGAAGGAAGAAGUGGAUUCAGCCAUUGAGAGCCAGAAGGAUAGUGAGAGCAAUCCAAGUUUUAGUGGAACCUUUGGGAAAGGGAACACUGUUCCAGGGGAUCUCAUUGUUCAGCACACCCAGGAGAAAGGUUGCGAGUACUUGAAAAGUAAAAUACAGGACAAUGAAGAUGAUGAAGUAUUUGAGGGUACACAGCAACAACAAGAGAGGAUCAUCAACAGAGAUGCAGAAGGGUUGCUGAAGUCCCCAGUGCCAUUUCUCCUGGGACGCAGUCUGUCCAAAGAUGGCAUGGAUUCAUUCAGCAAACAUUUUGAGAGCAUCAUGGAGUCUCACCGAGCCAAAGGGACCUCUUACACCAGCCUGGAUUCCAUUGAUAUCCUAUCCUCCCCCUCUCAGACACACAGUGGAACUUACUUCACCUUCGAUCUCCCUACCCUUACCCCAGCAAUGCAGGAGCAAAUUCGAAACAGUGCCAAACUCAUUGAGCAGAACUUUGCCCCCCUGGCCCAUCUAGAGGCAGAUUCUGGAACCAGUUCUGCCACUGAUGUUCCCUGGACUGAGCAGGAAGAGGAACCAAGACGUGGAAGGAAAAGUGGUUUACAGAGUCCCUACCAUUCUGAGGACAGCUUGGGAAUUCCUCUGGCCUCUAUUACAAGUGAACAUCCUCUUAGUCAGCUGGUCUCUGACUCAGAUUCCGAGAUGGACAGCACCGAGCAGCUGGCCCUGGGCAGCACGGACACUCUCUCCAAUGGCCACAAAGCUGAUCUGGAGGCUGCUAAACGCCUGGCAAAGAGGCUCUACAACCUGGAUGGUUUCAAAAAGGCAGAUGUGGCCCGCCACCUGGGGAAGAAGUACGUUAAUGACUUUAGUAAGAUGGUAGCAGGGGAGUACCUCAAGUUCUUUGAAUUCACUGGAAUGAGUCUGGAUCAAGCACUUAGGUCCUUUUUGAAAGAGCUGGCCCUCAUGGGUGAGACUCAGGAGCGGGAGAGAGUCUUGGCACAUUUUUCACAGCGCUAUUAUGAGUGCAAUCCCAAAGCCAUCUCUUCUGAGGAUGGAGCCCACACUCUAACCUGUGCCUUGAUGCUCUUAAACACAGAUCUUCAUGGACAUAACAUUGGAAAGCGAAUGUCCUGCUCGGAUUUUAUUCUGAACCUUGAAGGACUAAAUGAAGGGAGCGAUUUCCCCCGGGAACUGCUCAAGGCCCUGUAUAGCUCCAUCAAGAAUGAAAAGCUGCAGUGGGCCAUAGAUGAAGAAGAGCUGCGCAAGUCCCUCUCCGAACUGGCAGACCCAAACCCAAAGUCCAUCAAACGGAUCAGCAGCUGCAGUAACCCUUUCCUGGACUUCUCACAGGAUCCCAGCAUUGCCACAUACAAGUAUGGCAUCCUGGUGCGCAAGAGCCACGCUGAGCCAGAUUGCAAAAAGACCCCAAGAGGGAAGCGAGGAUGGAAGACUUUCCAUGGGAUCCUGAAAGGAAUGAUCCUCUAUCUACAGAAGGAGGAGUACAAGCCUGGCAAGGCCCUGGCAGAGGACGACUUGAAGAACGCCAUUAGCAUCCAUCACUCCUUGGCCACUCAAGCAUCUGACUACAACAAGAGACCCAAUGUCUUCUACCUCAGGACGGCUGACUGGAGAGUCUUCCUCUUCCAGGCUCAGAACGUGGAACAAAUGCAUUCUUGGAUCACACGCAUCAAUGUGGUGGCAGCCAUGUUCUCUGCCCCCCCAUUUCCUGCUGCCAUUGGGUCCCAAAAGAAAUUCAGCCGGCCACUGCUGCCCAGCUCCACGACGCGACUGUCUCAGGAGGAGCAAAUGAAGAGCCAUGAGGCCAAAUUCAAAGCCAUGGCAGCUGAGCUGCUGGAACACCGUGCUUCCCUGCCAGAGAAGAAGGUGAAAGGCAAGGAGUAUGAAGAGUUGAAGCAGAAAGAGGAGUAUCUAAUCUUUGAGAAGUCACGCUAUGGGGUCUACGCUACACUGAUGCGUGCCAAGCUGAAGACUGGCUCUGAGGACCUGGCAGCACUGGAGGCUGCCCUGUUUGAGACUGCAGGCAGCACCGAGGACAGCCUGAAGAAGUCCCAGUCCAGCCCUUCCUUAAACCAGGAGCUAGCAGGCCCGGGCCCCAGAAUCAAGCGCAACAGCCGACAGGGCACAGGCAGCACUCUGCAAAAGUCCUAGAUGGGCUAGCAUCUGCUAGGAAAGCAUCCUGCCUGUCUGGAAGAGAAAGGAAAAAAAAAAAACCUGCAUGAUUUUAUUCUUCUUGGCUGGGCAGUAUCCCCAGAGGAAGCCAGAGGACCUGUUGCUAUGGACUAGCUCCUGUGCCAGUUUCACCAGUCAGGAGGAGGGGCAUUAUCCUAUCCUGACCACAGUCCCUGUGCACGCAGCCUUUCCAGUCUUGUGUGACUCUCUGGUUCCUGCAUGAGGGAAGCAAAGCAACAAGGCUGCUUUUUAGAUCACACUGGAAUUCCACAGUGAAAGAACUUUUUGCCGUUUCUUGCAAAAGUUUUGGAGGGUGCACUGGCUACACUGCACCCCCUUCCUCACCCACUUCUUACAGUUCUAGCGAUACAUUUUUCAUUUUUUUAAGUACCUUACAAAAUUGAACAACACUGAAUUAGAGAAGGGGUAAUUCUGAUGCUACCAAAAAAAAAAAAAAAGACAAAUGACAAUUACUAUAUAUAGUGGACAGUUCUGCCUAGUUUGAGGAAGAGGGCCUUUAUCCCUCCUGCAGACCUUACACUUGCACUGGCUGCCUACAGGAGCACUAACAACUCCUGCACGGAUGCCCAAUUCCUUUACCACCAGCAGCUGUCCUGGACUGGCUCAGUUCUCGUUUCCACCAGCAUGUGCUGGACCAUUGACUUGCCCUGAUCCUUGUUCAGCACUUAAUAGAACUGGCCGGGAUUCUCACCAUGGCCAGCACUCACAGGGUAUAACCAGGGAUAGCAAAUGCCUCCCAGGUGGCAGCCUGACAAAGCCAUAGUAAGAGGGACCCAUGAGCACACACCCAAACCCACAGAGUCCCUCAUCUCUAUGUAGGUCACCGUGGAAGGUAGGCUUGCUGGCCUGAUUGGACCCUGGCCUUCAUGUGGAACUUGAGAAUCAGCAGCCAGAGUGACCAAUCUGCAUUCCUCUCCUCAAAACCCAGCAGAAAGAGAAACUAGGAGCAUUUUCUAUCUUUGGGCUGACUGGGGUGCAUCUUGGGAUGAGCUGGGUGAGGGGGGGGGAGAGAGGGAAGGGUUCCAAAGCUCCCAGGAACACUUCUACUCCCCAAAUCUCUGACAUGGGGUGGGGAGGGGGCAUGGAAAAGGCAAGAAAAAUGCCAGUGCUAUCACACUCCCUGUAUGGACAGCUUGCUCCCUUAACUUCAAAAUUUCCAAGGGCUUUAAGGCUCUGGCUCCAGUAUACUUGAUUACAACUGCAUCUCUGCAGUGGAAGAAGGGUACCCGAGCUGGCGGGGCAGAGAAGUUGAUGUAAGCAAGCUGAGGCUGCACAGAGAGGAAGCCUAAGAGGGUUACCUAUAUGCUUGGGGUAGUUUUACAUAGUAGAUGGGAGGAGUGCGCCUCUCCCAAGGGCAUGGAGCUGGCUGUUUCCAGCACUGACUCUCUGAAUGUGUUGUUUUUCUUGUUUUUUAUUCUACUCUGGAGUUGACUGUAAAACCAAACAAACCCUAAAGAGCUCUGUACAGUUCCUUCAUUUAGUGAAGUAAAACUUACUCAAGCA